GUAACUCCAUUGGUUUAUGGUGAACAGCAUUUGGCUGUGAUCGGAGCUGACGGUGUUCCGGUUGAUACAGCUGCAGUGCAACAAGCUAGGGCUGAGCAUUCCGUGCACAAAUUGAACGCUCAACUUAGGAAUGGAGAUUUGGUUCAUGUUGCUCAUGCUGUUGUAGCCACCCCAGUUGUUCAUGGAUUAUCAUCGGUUGUUCCUCUGGAGACUCCUGAAGUUGUUGCCGCUAAGAUCAACCAUUUCGCCGCUCACGCCGAAGCUUUGGCUCGCAACAACCACGUUCAUGGUGUCCCAGUUGAAACCGAAGAAGUCCAACAGGCUAAGGCAGCUCAUUACGCCGCUGUAGCCGAAGCCGCAGCUCGCAACGGUUACGCAACUGCUCCAUUCCAAGGAGGAUACUCCGCGCCAGCUCAGGCCGCCCCUCAGUACGCCCCUGCCAACCAUCACGUGCAAUCCAACAGCGUUUUCCAACCCGUCGACACCGUGGAAGUGCAGCAAGCCAGAGCCGCCCACUUCGCCGCCGUCGCCGAAGCUGAAGCCCGCGAGAACAAGUACUCAGCUCCAUCUUACGGACAACAAUACCAACAUCAACAACAACACGUUCCAUCUUACGUACCGCAACAACAAUCUUACGUUCCUCAACAACAACAAUCUUACGUUCCUCAACAACAACAAUCUUACGUUCCUCAACAACAAUCUUACUACGGACAUCAGCAACAACAACAGCAACCUUCUUACCAGAACGGUCUUCACAUUCCCGUCAUCUCCAACGGUGUCCCAGUUGAAACUCCGGAAGUCCAGCAGGCUAAGGCCGCCCAUUUAGACGCGUACGCCAAGGCUUCCGCCCAAUCCCAAACUCACUCUCACUAUUGA